UUUCAUACUGUUCACUUAGGGAGAAGUAAUGUCAAACUGAAUGUCUGUCUGUGUCAUCUGCAGGGAGAGAUGGAAUGGCAGGGCAGUGUGAAAUCCCAAAAGAUCCUGGCUACCCAGACUGUGCAAGUAAAGUUGAUUGGAUGAGGGCCAGAUGGACAUCAGACCCCUGCUACGCCUUCUAUGGAGUUGAUGGCUCCGACUGCUCCUUCCUCAUCUACCUGAGUGAGGUGGAGUGGUUCUGCCCCCUGCUUGCCUGGAGGAAUCAGAGCAUGCAGCCCACCAUCAGCACCCCACCAAAGACACAAGUGAGAGAAUUAGCAGAGGUUGUACCAGUGUUCUCCAAGAAUCUGCUAGGAGAUGGUUCAAGAAUGAUAUUUAUGUCUUCCGAUUUUAUUGGAGUAUGUUCAACUAAUUGUCCUCUUUUUUCAGACAGAAUUAAAUAGUGGGGACAGAUAGUUUUUAUUCAGCUCAGACAUAUUCUUUAAGAUGUCCCUGCACAACAAUAUAAGAACA